AAUGUUUGACUGUGUGACCCUGGGGCCCAGUAGGAGUGUGAUAUGAAGGCAGGGUUUAUAAAUGUCCAGGCACCAGUACAGGUCACAGUCUGCCUGCCUGCCUGAGGAGACUGUCACACAGCUCCAGCAGAGACAAGAUGAAUCUUCCCGUUUUGCCCUCCAUACUGUUGCUCAUUUCUACUGUCCAUGCCUUCCAGUAUACGGAGCUUGCUCAGUACAUUGACAACCAUCAAGAAGAAUAUGUGGAGACUCUGGCGGACUGGGUUGCAAUUGAAAGCGACUCCAGCAACAUCUUGAAGAGACCAAAUCUGCACCGCAUGAUGGAGGUGACGGCUCAGAAGCUGAGGCUGAUGGGAGGGACUGUAGAGCUGGUGGACAUCGGAGAACAAGAACUUCCUGAUGGCCAGACGCUGGCCCUGCCCAAAGUGGUGACGGCUCAGUUUGGCAAUGACUCAAACAAACACACAGUGUGUGUCUACGGCCACGUUGACGUCCAGCCAGCAAAGCUAGAGGACGGCUGGGCAACAGACCCCUACAACCUGACGGACAUCAACGGUAACAUGUAUGGAAGAGGAGCAUCGGACAACAAGGCCCCAGUUUUAGCCUGGAUCCAUGCAGUAGAGGCUUACCAGGCCCUCAACAUGGAGCUGCCAGUAAAUGUGAAGUUUGUCAUUGAGGGUAUGGAGGAGACGGGCUCCAAUGGCCUGGACGCCAUGAUUCUGGCCCAGAGAGACACCUUCUUCUCUGACGUGGAUUACAUCAUCAUCUCAGACUGCGGCUGGCUCAGCAGACGGCCGGCCCUCACCUACGGCACCAGAGGAAACUGCUACUUCUUUGCUGAGGUUGAAGGACCAAAACAGGACUUACAUUCUGGAGUUUAUGGGGGCACUGUGAUUGAACCAAUGACUGACCUCAUUGGAAUUCUUGACACACUGAUCAGCCCCAGUGGUAAGAUCCUGAUUCCUGGGAUCAGGGAGGCUGUGGCUCCCCUCUCUGAUGAGGAAUGGAAAAUGUAUCAGGACAUCCAGUUUGACAUUGAAAGCUUUAAGAAUAAAACUGGUGUUAACCAGCUCAUGUACAGCAAUAAGGUGGAUUUGUUAGCCCACAUGUGGCGCUACCCCACUGUCACCAUCCAUGGCAUUGAAGGGGCCUUUUCUGACCCGGGCACAAAGACGGUCAUCCCUGCUAAGGUCAUCGCUAAGUUCUCUAUUAGACAAGUUCCCGACAUGGACCCAGCCAUGGUCAAGAAACAGGUAACAGACUAUCUUCACUCAGUGUUUGCAAAGCGGAAGAGUCCCAAUAAGCUGAAAGUCACGAUGGUGAUCGGUGCCAAGCCUUGGCUGGCUGACACUAAGCAUCCUUUAUAUGAGGCUGGGAAGGCUGCUGUCAAGAGAGUUUUUCAGAUGGAUCCUGAUCUGAUACGUGAGGGCGGGACCAUCCCAAUAGCCAGAAACUUCCAGGACGUGACAGGAAAAAGCAUCAUCAUGAUGCCCAUCGGCGGCUUUGAUGAUGGGAUGCACUCCCAGAAAGAGAAAAUUAGCAGGUACAACUAUAUUGAGGGAACCAAGUUAUUCAUCUCCUUCCUGCAUGAAGUAUCCCAGAUUAAGAAGACCAGUGUGUGAUGUUUCACUGCUACAGUGAGCUCUCAUCGACACAAGCCUGUUUUUUUUCACUGUGCCUUCAUCUUUCUUUUACCUAUCUUGUUGUCAGACAGUACUGUAAGUGUGAGGGUGUUUGUGUCAUGUAGUAAAAGUUAUACAAUGCAACAACUGUGUAGUUUAUUUCUUGACGAAAGAGUCAAAAUAUUCCUUUAUGAUUGUUAAAGUCACAAAAAGACAAAGACACAGAUAUUGUUAUUUCAGUGAUGAGAUGUUUAUCACAACAUUUCCUGAGGUAAUGUAGUUGACCAUCAACAUUGUUAAUAAAAGUUUUGCAAGACAUCUCACAAAGGGAUGUAGUGUUAAAUGUAGCAUUUGGAAAGAGAAGGGUGUGACCAGGCAGAAUCACACCAGGACACUGUGGUUAUGUGGUGUGCACCUUUGUAACCAUCAGGCUUGUUUCUCCAAUCAACAGUACUGUUUCUUGAAUUGUGCACCAGUCUGUCUUAUUCUUUAUACUGCAAGAUGCUGACAACUUUUUACAGUCAGCAUCAAGCAUCUGUGAGGCAUCAUGCAGCAACAUUAUCUCAUAUUUUCUCUUAAUUUUUCUGAAGAGAGAAGUCAAAGAGAAGUCAACUCAAGAUGCACCAAACAUUUUUCACCAUCCAAAUGUGCUCUUACCCAGGUGUUUUGAAUGAGGAAUCCUACUUAAUCAUAUUUUUUAUUAGCAUAGGUAACAACCAUACAUUCUAUAUAUAGGGGCAGGUGUUGUGCCAUGUGCAAAUAGUCUGGCAUAUGAUCAAGAGUUGGUUAGAUGGCACCGACAAAAGGCUGUAAGAAGUAUCAACAUACUGUAACAUAAACUUCAACAAAGUAAAGAGGAUUUUCCAGAG